UUUCCUAGCGUGGUGAUUUCACUUGACGGUGUCGCUCUCGCGCUGACAGCCACGUCACCUCCUCGCCACAACUUGACGGUAACUUCACGGCGUGUAACUUCACUAACUACAUCAUCGUCGUGACGUCACUGCGUGUACUCCACUACUUCACUCAUUCACGCUUCAAAGUGCGUUAAAAGGAGCAAAACAUGAACGUCUUCCGUCUGGCGGGUGACGUGUCGCACCUGGUGGCCAUCGUCAUCCUGCUGGUGAAGAUAUGGAAGUCCAAGUCCUGUGCAGGCAUUUCUGGGAAGUCUCAGGUGUUGUUUGCACUCGUCUUCAGCACCAGAUAUCUUGACUUGUUCACCGUCUUUAUUUCUCCCUACAACACAGUCAUGAAGGUGGUGUUUCUGGCUCUGUCCUAUGCCACGGUGUACAUGAUCUACAUGCGCUUCAGGAGCUCCUACAACUCUGAGAACGACACCUUCCGUGUGGAGUUCCUGUUGGUGCCAGUCAUCGGUCUUUCCUUCCUGGAGAACUACGCACUCACCCCGUUGGAGAUCCUGUGGACUUUCUCCAUCUUCCUGGAGUCUGUGGCCAUCAUGCCGCAGCUCUUCAUGAUCACCAAGACGGGCGAGGCCGAGUCCAUCACCACCCAUUACCUCUUCUUCCUGGGCCUCUACCGAGCGCUCUACAUCGCCAACUGGGUGUGGCGCUACCACACCGAGGGCUUCUUCGACCAGAUCGCUGUGGUGUCUGGUGUGGUGCAGACCAUCUUCUACUGUGACUUCUUCUACCUUUACGUCACCAAGGUUCUACGAGGAAGAGCAAAGAUGAGCCUGCCGAUGCCUAUCUAGCACAGAACCUGAACACAACACCCGACUUCUCUGGGGGACUCUUUAGCUGACAUUCUGUCCAUCAAAACUAGUACUUUACUUCAAAUUGAAUUAUUGUUGGUCGGUACUUUCUUUUUGAUGUAUAUAUAUAUAUAUAUAUAUAUAUAUAUAUAUAUAUAUAUAUAU